GGGGGAAGGGGAAGCCCCAGGCGACCUCCCCCCACCCCACAGCUGGGACCAGACUCUCGGGCCGCCGAAGUGGCGAUGCCUCCGCCGGUGCUUUAGACCCGUGCCACCCAUCCUGGAGCCUGCGGGAUCCAGAGUCGCGGGCUCCGACGUCCCUAGUCUCUGCAUCGGGUCCUGAGAGACCCCGAAGCACAGGCUUCCGCGUCCAGGCUACGGGACCCCAGAUAUCCAGGUGCCCAGCGCCUCCUCCCGGAGGAGCCAGGAGUCCGGGACUUCAGCCCCGCGUGACCCUGGAGGGCGAGCUUCUUGCACCCCGGUUUGAAGAAUUUAGUCUCCCAGGUCGGAGGUUCCGUCCCGAGGUUCCCAGAUAUCCUAGCCCAAGGCUCCCAGGGUUGGAGGAACUUGGGUUAUGGACUGCUAGCGCCCCAACCAGUCUGUUUUGGGCAGAAGCGCCACUACUUCAAGGGGACCCAGGAAGUUGGGACUCGCCUGCACUCCCGCCCGGAGGUGGUUUAAUUCCUGCUCCUAGAGUUAGGGGACCUCAGGAAUCCGGACCGCCCAAGCCCUAUCUAGAAGUCUCAGGAAUUUGGGUCCCCAGCCUCCCCAUCUGAGACUCAAGAGUCAGGCUCCCAGCAUCCUCCAUUCAGAGGACCAAGAAAAUCGGACCUCUGCACCCCACUUUCCAAAAGACCUCGGACUCUGGUUGCCGGAGCCUGAGAGCCCGAAGUUCACACCCCUGACUUGCAGAGAGACCCGGGGACCCAGGAGUCGGCUCUGCGCCUCCCCAGGGACCAUGUAGGGGUCGAAUAGGAGCUGGGCUGCCCCGGUGCAGGGCCCGAGACUCCCCUGGAGAAGCCGCUGAGCCACUCAGCCAUGCCAGAGGGAGCCCGUGAACUGAGCCUGUCCAAACCCAGCCACAGAGGUGAAGUGUGUGACUGUGCAACUGUGUGUGAUACUCAGACAGCAGCCUCCGCAAACCCUGCCAUGGCCUCCCCCCGAGGUUCUGGGAGCUCCACAUCCCUGAGCACAGUGGGCUCUGAGGGGGAUCUGGCCCCAGGGCCCACCCCUGCCUGCUCAGCCUCCAGACCAGAGCCCCUUCCAGGGCCCCCCAUCCGCCUGCAUCUGUCACCUGUGGGGACCCCUGGUUUGGUGAAACCCUCGAGACUGGACCGUGUGGCCCGUGAGAUCGUGGAGACAGAGCAGGCCUAUGUCCGGGACCUCCGCAGCAUUGUGGAGGACUACCUGGGCCCCCUGCUGGAUGGCGGGGUCCUGGGGCUGAGCGCAGAGCAGGUGGGCACGCUGUUUGCAAACAUCGAGGACAUCUACGAGUUCAGCAGUGAGCUCCUGGAGGACCUGGAUCGCAGCAGCACUGCAGGGGGCAUUGCAGAGUGCUUCGUUCGAAGGAGCGAGGAUUUUGACAUCUACACGUUGUACUGCAUGAACUACCCAAGCUCCCUAGCCCUGCUCCGGGAGCUGUCGCUGUCUCCACCAGCAGCCCUGUGGCUCCAGGAGCGCCAGGCCCAACUCCACCACUCACUGCCCCUGCAGAGCUUCCUGCUAAAACCUGUUCAGCGCAUCCUCAAGUACCAUCUGUUGCUGCAGGAGCUAGGCAAGCACUGGGUGGAGGGCCCAGGCACCGAGGGCCGUGAGAUGGUGGAGGAGGCCAUCGUGUCCAUGACAGCAGUUGCCUGGUACAUCAACGACAUGAAACGCAAGCAAGAGCACGCUGCACGCCUCCAGGAAGUGCAGCGGCGGCUGGGCGGAUGGACUGGCCCGGAGCUCAGUGCUUUUGGGGAGCUGGUGCUGGAAGGCUCAUUCCGAGGUGGCGGAGGGGGUGGCCCCCGAUUUCGAGGGGGUGAGCGGCUGCUCUUUCUAUUCUCACGGAUGCUGCUCGUGGCCAAACGCCGGGGGCCGGAAUACACCUAUAAGGGUCACAUCUUUUGCUGCAACCUGAGUGUGAGCGAGAGCCCUCGUGACCCGCUAGGGUUCAAGGUGGCCGAUCUGACCAUUCCCAAGCACAGGCACCUGCUCCAGGCCAAGAACCAAGAAGAGAAGAGGCUGUGGAUUCACUGUCUCCAGCGCCUGUUCUUUGAGAACCACCCUGCCUCUAUCCCAGCCAAGGCAAAACAAGUUCUUCUUGAAAACAGCCUGCACUGUGCUCCUAAAAGUAAGCCUAUCCCAGAGCCUGUGACACCCCUACUAGGGUCUCCCCGACCUCGAGAUGCUAGAAGUUUCACCCCUGGACGAAGGAACACAGCUCCGUCUCCAGGUCCCCCUACUACCCGCCGUGGCCGUAGACAGUCUGAGCCAAUGAAGGACCCUUAUGUCAUGUUUCCACAGAACGCUAAGCCUAGACUCAAGCAUGCUGGCAGCGAGGGGGAGCUCUACCCCCCGCUAGAGCCUCAGCCACCAAGUCCAGCCUCCGGACCUCCUGAGGACUUGGAGGACACUGGACCCCCCUCACUGGACCCCUCCGGGACCUCAAUCACUGAAGAAAUCCUGGAGCUGCUCAACCAAAGAGGCCUCCGGGAUUCGGGGUGCCCACUACAGCCACCCCCCCACGACAUUCCCAAGUUCCCAGGAGACUCCCAGGUGCCACAUGACGGUGAAAGCCCCACAUUCCCAGCCCUGCCCAGCCGGGACUCUUCAGAGGAGGAGGAAGAGCUGGAGAUGGAUGAACGGGGCCCUUCGCCACUCCACGUCCUAGAGGGACUCGAAAGUUCCAGUGCAUCUGAAGUUCCCGACAUUCCUGGCCUUACCAAGCAUCCUGCCGGGCCCAGCCACCCUGAAAUUUCUAGCCUUUCUGAAAUUCCCCCAACCCCCCGCCUUCCCAGUCUCUCUGACAUUUCCAGUGUUUUUGAAAUGCCCUGCCUUCCAGUCAUACCUAGUGUCCCCGACAUUCCUGGUCUUUCCAGCCCUCCCACCCUUUCCUGUGACUCCUGGCUGCAGGGCCCUCGGCAGGAGCCAGAUAAUGCUCUAGCCACCAGGAGAGAACUGCUCUCUGGAGGCAGUUCUGGAGAACUGGGAGAGCCCUCCUCAGGCAGCAGGGCAGGGCAGGCGGAGGAGGGAGAGGACAGGGUAUCCUUUCCCGAUUUCCAGCCCCAGGAUGGCACCGGAGACCAUGGAUUCCAGGAUGAGCUGGGAUUCCGCUCUUGCUCAGAAAUCCGGAGCGCCUGGCAGGCUCUGGAACAGGGGCAGUUGGCCCGGCCAGGUUUCCCAGAACCGCUGCUAAUUCUGGAAGAUUCGGAUCUGGGUGGAGGGAGUGGGAGUGGGAAGGCUAGAGCCCCCAGUACAGAGCGGGCUGCGUCCCGAGUGCGAGAGCUGGCCCGGCUUUACAGCGAGCGGAUCCAGCAGAUGCAGCGGGCUGAGACUCGGGCAUCGGCCAAUGCUCCCCGCCGCAGACCACGGGCUCUGGCCCAGCCCCAGCUGUCCCCCUGCCUGCCCCAUGAGCAGGCCGAGCCAGGGCCCCUGCCUGCCUUUGGACAUGUGUUGGUAUGUGAGCUGGCCUUUCCACUGACUUUGGCCCAGGAAUCUGUCCCCUUAGGCCCUGCUGCCCAGGUUCAAGCUGCUGCUCCCCUGUUGAAGCAGGGAGGCUGCCUUGGUGGCCAGGGUCUAGACGUUUCCAGUUUGCCUGAGCAAGACAAUCAGGGCACCCAGAUUCCAGCUGCUGCCACUUUGCCUGAGCAAGGCCUCUGGGACAUCCAGAUUCCAGCCACCACACCGUUUCCCAAGCAGGAAGGCCCCCCACAUGUCCAGGUUCCAGCUAUCACAGCUCUACCUGAUCACGAAGGCCACCUGGAAAUGCAAGUUCCAGCUGCCCCUCCUUUGCCUGAGCAUAGAAGCCACAGGGAUAUACAGCUUCCAGCUACCACCGUUCUCCCUCAGCAAGGGUGCCAGAUGGACAUCCAAGUUCCGACCCCCCCAGCUUUGCCGAAGCAGGGAAGUUGUUCUCAUGUCGUGGUUUUAUCCACCACUCCUAUGCCCAAGCAAGAAGGCCACCUAGACUGCCAGAGCCCAGCCAGCACCCUGUCAACUAAGCAGGGAGGUUCCAUGGAUGUUCCGUCCCCAGCCACUGCCUGCGGCCAAACUGUGGAUACUUUGCUUCUGCAUGGAAGCAGCCUGGACCAUCAGAUCCCCGCCAACACCCCACUGCCCUUGGAACCCGACCUCUCAGACAUUCAGGUUCCGGAUACCUCACCUUUGCCUGCAUGUGGAGGCCACCUAGACCAUCAAAUCGCAGCCAAUGCUCCAUCGUCUUUGCCUCAGGACCUCCGAGACAUUCAGGCUGCCACAGCCUUGCCCCAGCCCCAAGGCCUCAUGGACAUGCAGGUCCAAGCACUUCCACCUUUGCCCAAGCAGGGAGGCCUGCCAGACAUUCUGGGUCCCACUGCUUUACCUUUGCUCCAGGAGCAAAUCCUCACAGACCUCCAGGUCCCCAAACCUACACCUUUGUUGGAGCAGAAGAGCCUCACAGACAUCCAGGUUCCAGCUGUCACUCUUCUGCCUGAGGAAGGAGCCUCGUGGGACAUUCAAGGCCUGUCACCCACCCCAGUUCAGACCACUGUGGUUUGGUCCAAACCAGGAGGCCACUCCAUUUCUCCUGUUGCCAGAUCAGAGUCUUCAGACUUGACUCCACCCCACAGUCCCCCACCCCCAUCCCGUCAGCUCCUGGGCCCCAACGCAUCUGCUCUCUCAAGAUACCUGGCAGCCUCUUACAUCAGCCAGAGCUUAGCUCGGAGGCAAGGACCUGGGGGAGAGGCCCCCCAAGCUUCUCGGGGUCCCUGGUCAUCCUCUGCCCCCACAUCACGGGCACCUUCACCACCACCCCAGCCCCAACCCCCACCACCUCCGGCCAGGAGGCUCAGCUACGCCACCACAGUCAACAUCCAUGUCGGGGGUGGUGGGCGGCUACGGCCAGCCAAGGCCCAGGUAAGGUUGAACCACCCUGCUCUAUUGGCUUCCACCCAAGAAUCUGUGAGCCUUCGCAGAGCCCAGGGGGCUCCUGAUGCCCCUUUCCACAUGUGAGCCAGGAUAUCAGGCUUCUUGCAAAGCAAGGACUUCAACCAAAUGCCACAGACUCAGAACUUCACCCGGAAGUCCAGACACUGAACACAAGUCUAAAAUUGCUGCAGCUUUCCAGCUGCUGGCAUCUGCUUUGGCGAGCGGUCUUUAUUACUUACCUUGAUUAACUCAACAGGGAUGGGGAAGGGGAUUCCAUUAAUAUUUUGUUAAUUAAUAUUAUGAAAUUAUGUCUCUUUUCCCAUUCUGGAAAUAGUGGGGAUAACAAGAUGACAAUGAAUGGGAAGGUCUGUCCCAGCACAGCUCAGUGGUUCUGAAAAUUUGGGGAAUCUCAAACCCUUUUAAGAAUUACUGGAACCUGGACUCAUUACAAUUCGAUGUAUGUAUGAAUUUAGAGGGUUUAGGAACUGCUAGAUGCCCAUCCAGAAAAGCCAAGUUAAGGAGCUUUGUUCCAAGUAGCAAUUCACUCCCUUAGCAGUUUAUUCAGUUCCUGUGUCCCGGCCUCCUCCAUGUAUCUCACGGCUCAGCCACCUUCACGUCUGCCCUUUGCAGCUGUCUUGCCAGUGAUUUCAUCCACCUCCCAGUCCAUCACCUCCCACAGGCCUCGGUUUAUUCAGCCAUCUCUACUCAUCCACCAUCCUACCACCCGUCUAGCGUCCAUUCCUCCAUCUGUCCAUCCGUACAUCUUCACACAGCUAUCUCCUAAUCCAUCAACUGUCUCGAUCACUAUCCCUCCUUCAUUGGAUUCUGCUGGGUCUUGGUACCAGAGAACUUCAGAGCCAGUUCCGUGCUAACCAGAGUGGCUCAGGUUUGAGAUUCUGAGAAAAGUCUGUCCCCCAUCUGUCUGAUUCCUCCUGGCAACCACUCCCCACCCUCAUGAAUAUUCCAGUUGUGCUCACCGCGCAUAAUCAGAUCCCUUUUACCCCUUCUCUAGUUUGAGACCUCUGUAGUGCCUCAUUGUGCUCCUCAACCCCCAAAAAAUUCAGGUCAGAGACAAA